AUGAGCAAUCUGGCCUCUCCUGCCCUGCGUCAGAUACAGCAUCGGUAUGGACCACACCACGCCACACCCCUGUCCAUGCUUUCUCCGUCCCACAGCUUCCAUACCGCCUGUCAGGGAACUUUACCGCAGAUCGCCCAGCUCUACGAGGACGCUCAGCUUCGACCAAACAUGCUCCGCCAACUUGCCGUCGGGGUUCUGCGGGGAACCCGCGACACGGCGGGGUCGAGAGUAGCAUCACGUGCUCUCGCAACCACGGCCGUUGAAAAGGCGGCCCCCGCCGGUCAAACCGAGCGCUUCAAACCUACUGAUUGGUUCCAAGAGUUCCAAGACCCGCAGAUCCGCUCGCAACUGAACUCGCUUCGCGAACUUGAGGAUGAUGCCAUCCGCAUGGUCUCGGCGGACGCGACUACCAUUAAUUGGGAUGAGUGGGAGUCUUCAGUGAAAUAUCCCGGCCUUGUCAAAGAGCUCAAGGAGAUUCACGAAAACGCCCCCGUUCCGGAUGUUACCGCUGAGAAGGAGAUAUUCGCCAAGAAACUUGACGAACUGUUCGAUCCGAUCUUGGCCGAGUUCGCGAAGCUUGGCAAGGAGGCAGAAGAAACUGUCGUCGAGCUUGAGCAGCGCGCCAGCGAGGUUACCUUCUUGCGUGAUAACAUCGAUACCCUGACCGUCGAUGAGUUUCUUGAGAAGUACCCGACCGUGAAGGCUUCUAUCGAAGAUGACAUUGCCAACAAUAGAUGGUUCGUGUCUGAGUAGAGAGCACACCCCACAGGGGAACGAGGCCGGCGGUUCGCUUUUGCCAAUGCCUCUGUUCGUCACUGCUUCUUCGCGUCCCCGUAGCCUUUCGAGCGAGUGAGAGUUGUAAACAAUUUAGCAGGACUUUCCUUCACGGACUCUUUGGGCAGUAGGACCAUUCGCGUAUCAUGGUGAUAUGAAGUGUCUUGCGACAGCAUAAUGACUCCGCGUGGACAGUCACUGGCGACCUGAACGCUCGGUACUUUCAGACAAAUAGCAAUUCACUCUCUUGGACCUAGAACUGGCCAUGAGAUUCCCUAGGAAGAGCUCCUUUUUAAUAGUUGACAACCGAGAGUCAAAUAUGUAAAUGCCCGCCCCAAGCACCAGGGAACUGUUCCCCGCGGUGAAAGCUACUGCGCA